UGGAAAAACAUUUGGGUUGCUAAAGGUUUGCUGAAUUUUGGGCUGAGCUAACGUGUGGGUAUAGGCUAUCGUAUCUGAGUCAGGGAUGAUGCAUGGAUCCACGGCCUACCUUGUCACAAUUUAUAGAUUCAAUGGAUUAAUUCACCUGAUAUGCUAGUUGUUGAGCUUGUUAACCAUGAUACUAGAUAAUGGAAUGAGGCAUUACUUACCACUGUUUUGGUUAAUGCUACUGUGGAGAAGGUCCUCUGUAUUCUUCUCGCAUGGGAGGCUCAUGAUGAUACUUUGGUAUGAGGGGAGGAAGUUUCGGGGGAGUACUCGGUUCAUAGUGUCUAUUGCUUACUUCAUCGCUCGAGCCCAUCUAGUGACUAUGACAUAUACAAGCCAUUCUUUACAAGAUUAUGGAAUUUACAACUAUCUUCUAAGAUAAAAAUUACAACAUGGCAUAUAUUUCGCAAUAUCAUCCCUAGUUUCUUUAAUCUGUACAACCGACGACUAUGCUUUGGUGCUUGGCGGCUAUUGAAACUUUGGAGCACAUCUUCUGUGACUGUCCCUCCGUUACUGGUAUCUGGGUGGACCUAUACAUAACCUGGCCUAGUGAGCUUUUGGAGGCAUGCUUGCAAGAUUGGUUGUUUUACAUUAUUCAAGUUUACCCUAUCACAAUUUUCAGGAAAGUUGUGUGUGCCUUAUGGUUUAUCUAGAAUGCUUGGAAUCAUCGUGUUUACAAAAAUGUUAUUAUACAAAUGCAUAUUUUAAUUCAAAAGGUUGAUACUUACCUUCCGGAAUUGGAUGUGGCAUAGGUGAAGCUUCUUGGGCGCCCGAUUAGGGAUGAGCGGUGGUGACCCUUGGACGAAUACUGUUUGAAAAUCAACUUUGAUGCGGCUUUUCAUUCCCCUUUCAGGACAUCCUGCACUAGAGUUGUUAUCAGAAAUAACCAUUGGACUAUAUUGGCUUUGCACAUGGUGGUUUGUAAACAUAUACCUUCUGCUUUUGCAGUUGAGGCCAUUGCUUGUCUUCAUGCGGUCCACUUGGGCCUGGCUCUUGAUUUCCCAGAUGUGAUUGUUGAAGGUGACUCCCUCAUGGUAAUUCAUAAGGUCCAAUCUUCCCAGCUUGAUCUAUCGGUCAUCGGCGCUUAUAUUCGAGACAUAAAACAUUGGGCAGGAUAUUUUUACAGGUGUGACUUUUGGCAUUUCCUUCACUCGGGUAAUACUAUGGCUGAUUUGUUGGCUAAAGAAGGCUUGAAAGCAGGGAUGGGCUCUUAUGUGUGCAGGGGUGUUUCCGAUUUUACACAACGGGUGGUGGAGUGUGAUCAUCUAUCCGAUUUGUAAUGCAUUUAAUGAGAAGUGGAGAGGGAGUGGGGAGCAUUUUUCGUAGGUUUUCUGUUGUUUCUUUUGGUAGCGCUUGAGGAUUCAUAUUGGUUUUCGACGAAUUUCUCUUCGCUCCGGUGAUGUCUCUGUGCCCUUGUUUGGAUGGUCGCUAUUUCUAUUUGUGCUUGAAGUCUGUGUGCUAGCCUGUCUGGUUUUUUUUUCUUGUUAGAUGUUUUGUUUUCUAGCUGCUUCUGCUGCGAUCCAACUUUUGAUAUCUGCUCACCUCAGUUUUCAUUUGCUACGUGGCCCAUAUACUUAGCUUUCUUAGAAUUUGAUUUGUUUGGUUUUCAUUUUGUGUUUGCUUGGUUUUUGUUUAUUUUUGUAGUGGACCUCAUUUCUUUGUUUUGUUUAAUGUAAGCCUAGUUUUUCAAAUUUAUUUUUUUACUACAUUACUUUUUAAUAAGAAUUAAAUAAAAUAUUUAAACGGCCCUUAAAGAAAAACAAAUCAACGUCGUAUUAACCAUUUUGUACUAGGCAUCCAAUGAACAGUAUACGUGUCAACCUUGAAAGCAAUAUGCUAGAAGCUACCGUCGGAUCUUACGCCACGUGUAAGACAGCACCAAACCACCGCCGUCAUUUAAAAGAAAUCCUAACUUUGUGGGCCCCGCAUAUUAUCCGUUUAUGUGUUUACAUGUCUGCCAGCACAUGCUACCCUUUUCUCCCAGAGUACCCAAAAUAGCCUUAACUCUAACCCCAAUAAUUGCCACAACUAAGGGUAUUAAAGUAAUCGCGAACUUUAUUACACGUGCGAUGGCUCAAACAACGCGGGAUUUGCACGUGCUCGCCGCCAAAAAGGAUCCGCUUACCCCCAUUUUAACUCCAUUAAUUAGAUUUCUCCAAAGUAACUUCUAGGGUUUCGGAAUCUCCGAAAUUUGCUCUCGUUCCUUAAAUUUUGAUUAGAGGUAAAAAAAAAAAAAAAAACUUUAAAGCUAGGUUUUCCGGCAUUUUUUCGGUUGGUGUUGGGAAAAUAGGGAUUUGGCUUAGAUUGGAUGGUGCAGUUGAUGAGAUCGGGAACUCCUACGGCGGAACCCGAAGCGUGCCGGGACAAGGCGCCGGUGAAAUUGGAGAUCGUAGAGGAUUCAUUAGAGGAAGAACAUGGCCCUGUUAAUAAACGAUCCAAACUUUCUCCAAAUCUUCAACAGUGGAGCUCCGAUGGCAAUGCUUUCCCGAUCCCGCCAGCGCAAUACAACCCGUUGGAUGAGCCGAGUCCACUUGGUUUGAAGCUAAGGAAGAGUCCUUCACUUUUGGAUUUGAUCCAAAUGCGCCUCUCUCAAUCCCAAAGCGGUAGCUCAGCCGCCCAAGCUGAGAGCUUGAACUCUGGUGUCAAAAAGGAGAGUAAAGCUGUUGCCGCUACCGAUAAGCUUAAAGCCUCAAAUUUUCCAGCUUCCAUUCUUCGAAUCGGCCACUGGGAGUAUAAGUCGAGGUAUGAAGGUGAUUUAGUGGCCAAGUGUUAUUUUGCAAAGCAUAAGCUUGUCUGGGAGGUGUUGGAAGGUGGGCUUAAGAGUAAGAUUGAAAUACAGUGGUCGGAUAUUAUGGGUCUUAAGGCAAAUUGUCCUGAUAAUGGACCCGGGACUUUGAAUGUUGUGCUGGCUAGACAGCCCCUUUUCUUCCGGGAGACUAAUCCGCAGCCUAGAAAACACACCUUAUGGCAGACAACUUCAGAUUUUACUGAUGGUCAAGCUAGCAUACAUAGGCAACAUUUUCUGCAGUGUCCCCAAGGGUUGUUAAACAAACAUUUUGAAAAACUGGUCCAAUGUGAUAUGCGUUUGAACUGUUUAAGCAGACAGCCAGAGAUAAUUUUGGAUUCACCGUACUUUGAAUCACGAAGUUCUGUUUUUGAGGAUCCCAGUGAACCUAAAGGGCAUGACUAUGGCCAAGGGGAGACUGGUAAAGGAUCUACUAGCUCUGGCUUCCAGAAUAUAGCAUCACCUGUUGCAGCUCACUCCUCGUCUUUGGAGAUUGAGAAAGGGGAUUCUGCUGCCAUAACCUCGGAAAAUAUGUCUAGGGAGGCUCCAUCUCCCAGUUCAGGAAGCGGAGUUUGUGAAGCAGUGGAUUCAAAGGGGCCUAGAAAUUGGGACCAGAUAAAAGUGCCGGGACUUCACCCUUCUAUGUCCAUGAGUGAUCUUAUGAACCACAUUGGACACCGUCUUUCAGAACACAUGACCUCCGAAAAUCCAUCCUCUGAAAAUAGACCAGACUGCCAGGAAAUGCUGGAGGAUAUUGCACAAUACCUUCUUAGUGACACUCAAUUUACAACAGCCUCUGAUGAGAAAUCCCUCAUGUCAAGGGUGAAUUCUCUGUGUUGUCUUUUGCAAAAGGACAAUACAACAGGCACAAGCUCACAGGCAAAUGGAGAAAAUUAUGAUGGAGGUGAUGAUGGAAAAGAUGUUCAGCUAAACAGAGGUCAUGGGUUUGAGUUUAAUAUUACGGGCAAGGAUGAUGUGAAGGCUUUUGAAGGGGAAACAAAGGAAGUGUCUAGUAGCAGGCAGGCGCCAGGCAUGUCAAGAAAAGACUCGUUUAGUGAGUUGCUGCUUCAUCUUCCCCGAAUUGCAUCGCUCCCCAAGUUCUUGUUUAACAUUUCAGAAGAAGAUGGAGAGAGACAAGCUAGAUAAGAUAGUUUUCUUGUUUAUAGACUGUGUAAAACAAAUGAUAAGAAAAAAAUAUUAAGCGAAUUUCCCAAUCUCCCUCUUGUUAGUUGGAAAUGUGAUAUGCUUGUAUAUUAUAUCAAAUGUAUGUUGAGGGGUGCUUGGACAAUGGGAUUUUUCAGGAUUCGGAGAAUUCUUUUGAUGAAGAAUUCCGGUAAAUCCCAUAUGAAAACCUUAGGUGUUCUUUUUAGCUAAUGUAUUAUUUGAUGUAAUAUCUCAAGCAGAUUGUUUGUUGGUUCUGUCUUAAUUUGUAAGUAAA